GGAGCUUCACCUCUUUGUAUCCGCUUCCCUUUGUUGGAGCAUCAUCUUUCCAACUCCCCUCGCGUCGCCAGCUGUCUGACCGCUCGACUCAGUCGCGUGUCCGAGCUGCAGAGACAUCUCCGUCGCCUUGGACCGUGCCAGCUGGACGACUUUCCCCUAUCACUGCACGUUCGGUCCCAGUUCACGCCACUUCGAGCCUGAUCUUGGCGAUUUUCCUGCCUUCCGCGAUUCUUGUCAACCACCACUGAGGCGCUGGGCAAGCUUGACUGCAGCCUUCCUUCGGCCUCUGUCGCCUUUUCUCGCCUCUGUCAUCUCCUCAAGAGGCUGGUCGCCAGUUUUUUCGAACGUCUGAACCACCCUCCGCCGCAAAUGAGAUAACGAGCGUUCGAGACGUGCAAACGGAGUCGUCGUCGCGAUCAUGCCUCCCAAGCGCAAGCGACCCGACCGGCCUUCGGGCGAGGGCGGGCGGCCAUCUCCACACCGUCCGAGCGAAUCAAACAUGGGUCAGCACGACAGAGACGAUGGCAACAAUAGAGCUGGCGGGCGGCCUCGGGGCGGCCACCGUGGCGGCAGCUUUCAGCGACGGGAUUCAAACCAUGGCCACGGACGGAGAGAUUCUGGCCCAGGCCAGAACGCGCCCUCUGGCACAUCAAACCAACAGACGCCAACGCCCUCUCGCAGCGCGAGCAUUUCCACGCAAGGAAGACCCUUGUCGCCAACGGCAACCAAGCAGCAGAAGUCUUCGUCCUCGCCUGCCCUAGCUAAGCAGGCGGCCCCUUCGCCGGCAAAUGCGCCUGCCUUGAAGCAACCUGCGGAGCCCGACAGCCCCAGCUUUUAUUACGAGAACCUUACCGACGAUAGAGUUCGCGCAUGGAAGGAACGGGGUCGGCAGGAGAUCAUCGCACAUGGCAUCCAAUCGCGGGAAGAUGUGGACAUCACAGAGAUCUCUACCCUAUUUCAAGAGUUCAUCCACGCCGUGAUCGCUGGCAGGAUAGAUGCCGCUGAUGCAGGAGCGUGCGUCAAAGACAUCCUAGGAGAGCAAACGUCGGACGUGAUUAAGGAUACAUACGUGUUUGCGCCACACAGCCUCUUUCUCGACACGCUCUCGGUCGUCAUGGACAACAACAUGGACCUCUACCGUCCAACCCUACGCGAUUUUCUCAUCGCAACCGCCGUUUCACCAGCAUUAAUGCGGGAAGUACUCGACGCACCACUCCUACAGCAACUUGGUCUCAUCCGGGACACAUUUGCCAGACUGGGAGUUCGACAAGCCACAAACCUCUUGUACCGCCAAGCCAACUAUAACCUCCUUCGUGAGGAGUCAGAGGGCUAUUCCAAGCUCAUUACCGAACUCUUUUCAACCAACAGUGUCCCCCCGCCGCCUCCUGGCAAGACCUUUGAGAAAAUCAAGGCGCUCAUUGGCACAUUCGACCUUGACGUUGGGCGGACACUGGAUGUUACCUUGGACGUUUCGGCUGCAGUUCUCAUCAAGCAAUUCAAGUUUUUCGUCAAAUUCUUGAGAAUAAGCUCCUGGUGGCCGUCCAAACGAGUCAACGAUGGCUCGCCCUUCAUCGGCGGCCUGCCCACAUGGGCGGAGCCUGACUAUCCGCAUUGGUCAACUACUGAAGAUGAUGAAGAACGAAAUGCACAGCGUAAGCUGGACCGUGACACAGCGUUCUGGGAUCGCGCGCGUGAGGUGCAUCUGGGGGCAUUCUUUGAACUCGGUGGGAGACGAGUGACCGAGGAGCAUCUUGAACGCCUCAUAAGUAACGGCAACGAUAGCGGAGAUGCCACCGCCGUUGUCGAACGCAAGUGGAUGGAAGAAACGAAAACUCUCCCGGCGCCUGGCAACCGUGUCGCUGCACAACUGCUGGGCUUCAAACUGCGCUUCUACAACUCCGAGAUGCGUGACAAGACUGAUGUUCUGCCCGCGAAUCUCCUCUACCUUGCCGCUCUUCUCAUCAAGAUUGGGUUUCUAUCAUUGACCGACUUGUACCCUCACCUGUCACCCGACGACACUGAAAUGGACAAAGUCCGCGAGCAAGAGGCGGACAAGCUCGCCAAGGAAGAACAGGCAUCCCGCGGUGGCCAGAUGAAUGCACUCCUUAUGGCUGGCGUCCUCCCCCAGGGGGACGAUGACAAUCCGGCAGCGUCCAGCCUUGCCAAGAGAGAGCCAGCCAAAAAGGCAGAACCUGAUCAGAAGAAACAGGCAUCUGAAGUCGACGAGAAAAACAAACUGCCGGCCCCACUUGAGCAGAAAGUGGCUCUUCUCAUUCAGCUCCUGACGAUUGGCGCUCUACCUGAGUCGCUCUUCCUCAUCGGCCGCUUUCCUUGGGUUACGGAAGUUUGCCCAGAGGUCCUACAGCGCGUGCAUCGCAUCUUGCACGUUUGCCUGAGCAAGGUGCACAGUGAAUGCAGGCCACUGUCCACAAUGACCACCGACUUUCCUACCAAGAACGUGCCCGACAUUGACCAGACAGGCAUGCCAAAGGGCAGCGUGAGACUACAUCCGCAACCCCUCAAGAAAUCCUGGCGCUGGCCGUUCCCUGACAAGGCCGAUACCAACGACAAUCAAAGCUAUCACUUCUACUGGGAUGAAUGGUCGGACAAUGUGCCUGUCUGUCAGACGGUGGAUGAUGUGUUCACCCUUUGCAACACACUUCUCAACAUCUCUGGCGUCAACAUUGGCAAAGACGAGGUUCUGCUCUCUAAGCUUGCCAGUAUUGGCGCCAAAAGCUUGGCCGAGGAUCAAUCGGACUCAAACCGUUCCCGCUGGCAAGACCUCAUUCGCCGUCUCUUGCUUCCCGCUCUCAGUCACACCAAGGCCAACGGUUCGGUGGUCAGCGCGGUAUGGGACCUCGUCAGGCAGUUCCCGCUCACAACGCGCUACUCCUUGUACGCAGAAUGGUUCGAGGGCCAAACAUCUCGCCUGCCGGCCAUGAAACUGGCCUUUGCCAAGUCAGCGUCUGAGACAAGGGCUACGAUGAAGCGCGUUUCCCUCACCAACUUAAGUGAGAUGGCGAAGCGCCUAGCCAAGACAAGCUACGCCUCCCCCGGCAUUGUCUUCAAGGUCGCCUUCGAACAAUUGGAAGUAUACUCGAACCUGAUCGAGGCAUUCGUGGAAUGCGCCAAAUACUUCACCGAUCUGUCCUACGACGUGCUUGUUUGGUCGUUGAUGAAUUCGCUUGGGAAAUCCCGAAGUCGUACGCAGGAGAACCACGCCCUCACGACUAGCAAAUGGCUGCAGGCCUUGUCAAGAUUCUGCGGCAAAGUCUUUCGGCGGUACCCAACACUGGACCCUAUCCCUGUCCUGAAAUACGUCGAUGAACAGCUUUUCCACGGCAACUCCACGGAUCUCAUCAUACUGAAGGAGUUUGUAACCUCGAUGGGCGGCAUUGUCGACGCUGUUGAUUUUACCGACGACCAAAUUCUAGGCAUGGCCGGCGGAGCUCUUCUCCGCCGACAGACGCUCAUCCGCGCCCAAGACAAGCGAUUCGAGAACAUCAAGAGCUCUGCUCGCCUCAUGCAGGCGCUCUCCGAGUCCAAGCUUGCUGCUCGCCUGCUCAUCAACCUAGCUCAAUAUCGACAAGCGGCCAUUUACCGGGUGCCCGAAGACGAGGCUCACAUCAAAUACCUCUCCUCCAUCAUAGAUGACUCACAGCAGACCCUCAUUCAAUAUCUCGACUUCCUCUGGAGCAAUCUCGACGCGCAACAAUUCGACGCAAUGGUGCCAUCAUUGCCGGCUCUCAUCAAGUCAUUUGGUUUGAGCGUAGAUGUUGCGUUCAUGAUCGGGCGAGCCAGCCUCGCACAGCAAAUGUUCCCUUGGAAACCCUCCAAAGCAAAACGCGAGACGAGCGAGAAUGCCAAGCCGGCCGUCGACAAGGAAGGAGACGUGAACAUGUCCGACGCCAAGCCUCAGGGUUCAGCAACCAAAGAGCAGACCUCCACAGAGACAGUGGAUCUGGUGGAGCAACAAAAGACGGAUGAUACCUCGCUUUCCCACACGGCGUCAACGGCGUUGCAGCCCAUUGUAGAGGCCAUUCGCGACACCGUCAAGCCCGAGGUCUGGGAAAAGGUGACCCCGGAACUCUAUUCGACGUUUUGGGCUUUGCAGUUGGGAGACCUCUGCUUUCCUGAGAAGGCCUACGUGGAUGAGCGCAACAAACUCAUGGCGGAGUGGCAUGCCAUCUCCAACGAUCGCUCGGACAUGACGCGCAGAGGCCUAGAUCGAAAAGCGCAAAGAAAAAAGGAGCUCAUGGACACUUCCGACGAUAUGAUCGCCGAGCUCAGUGGCCACGGGCUUCGCAAGGCCAAGUGGAAAUUCUAUCUGACAAAGCAGUUCCAGGCGUCCUUCCCUAGCCCCGACGCCAAGCCUGAGGUUAUCGCCGAUAUCCUCCUAGAGUAUUGUGUUCUGCCACGGGUCCGCCUUUCACCAGCAGACGCAGAAUACACAUAUCGGUUCAUUAAGGCCCUGCACGAGUGGAACGCCCCGGUCUUCAGAUACAUGGCAUUCCUUGAUCGACUACUCAAUGCCAAUCGGCUGCGUACCCUGAUUUUCACGUGCACUGUGCGUGAAGCAGAGAAUUUGGGCCGCUUCCUGAACCUCAUCCUGGAAGACCUGUCUCGUUGGCACAAGAAUGUCCCUCUUGAGGACGACAAGAAGGACAGCAAAGGAGCCAAGGAUACCCCACGUCUCGGCCCAUAUGACAAGGAGGCUAAAGGCCCCAGCGACCAACCUCGACUCGGCUUCGCUCUCACCCUCAAUGAGCAGGGGAAGCCUGAGACUUUCGUGGAGCAUGCCCAAUUCCGAGACAUGCUGUUCCGCUGGCACAAGAACAUUAACACAGCGCUCAAGAACUGCCUUGGCGGCUCUGAGUGGAUGCACAUCCGAAACGCCAUCACGGUUCUGAAGGCUGUUCUAAACCACUUCCCUGCCGUCGACUUCAUGGCUUCCCAGUUCACGACACAGUUGCAAAAGAUUACGAAGCGAGAAGCUGCCGCAAAGGAAUCCCCCGACAGCGAAGAAGGUGGCCGAGUCGACCUUUCCGUCGCAGCGCAAGGCGCUAUGUCUCAGCUUCAGCAAAAGAAGGGCAACUGGAUGAUGGUUCAAGCUUUCAGAUCUAACGCCGCUCCCGGACGGCAAUCUGAAGCCGACAACUCACCGGCAUCAAGACUACGAGCAACCGCCCCCGACUUCAAGCCAAACCCGCCCAAACCUUCUACGAACCGGGCCAACGCCUUGGAUGAAGAGGACGGUGAAGUCCGGGACGGUAGGGACAGCAAGGGCCAGUCAAGCACAGGCACGCCUAAGGAGGUCCUUCCAUCGAGAUUUCAGGGCUCAAACAGAGAUUCAACGUCGAGGAAAGACGAGGCCUCAGGCCCAUCUCGGAGCUCAACCCCUCGACCUGGUGCUGGUGCUGGUGCUGGUGCUGGCCAGGCUAAACCUGAUAGCCGAGGUCACAAAUUGCCUGACCGACCAACUGCACACAAUCUCCCGAGCAGGCCCGACGUGCCAAUACCGACGCACGUUCCUCCAGAGCGCUUCGGACAGUCAAGGCCACAUGAACGUCGUGAUGCUCGAGAUACGCGUGAGCAGCGACCUCCUCGAGAACUGCCGCGAGAAGGCCGAGAAACUAGGGAGCAACGCGACAGCCGCGAUCGGCCCAUUGAGCAGGAUCGGCCGGUGAGACAACCACGCGAGCAUCCUGACCGUCGCCCAGUGGAGGGUCCAAGCGAUGUCCGUCACGAUCUGCCUCCUCGGCCUGGACAACACGAGCGAGAGCGGCCGCAUCGAGAGCCCCGAGUCGGCCGGCUCACAGAGCGCCAUGACGAACCGAGUCAGCCAGCUCAGGUCCCUUCAUCCAAUCCAACACCAGAGCCGGCGAUGAACCCGGAGAGGGCGGCGCUGUUCGCGCAAGACAACUCGGACAGGGGAUCGCGCCGCCCUGAGCCCGAUCAUGCUAGGGGUCGAGCACAGCCCCCAGCUGACGCGAUGGAGCCCGUGAACCCUGGACGUGCUGCAUUAAUCGAUGACCGAAAGAGCAGUGCUCAAAUGCCUCCCAGCCGGCUACCGAGGGAUGAGGCACGCGAUAGGGGCCCUCGGCAACCAUCUCCAGGGGUCGUUCGAUAUGGUGUGGACCAAGGUCCUCCACGAGGACGCCACGAUGACCGUGUGGGCCGGCCGUUUCCUCAAGACCCUCGCGGAGCUCCCGGGAGAGAUCCUCGCGACCGAUCACCAGUUCCCAGCGGAGGCUUUCGGGGUGAACGCCCGGGCGAGCGCGAAGGUGAUGGAAGAGGUCCCAUGGAACCGAUGCGCGAUGCCUCCAACUUCCCCCGCGCAGGACUUCGCGGGCCAGACCCAGAAGGGAGACUGCCUCAUCAGGACCAAAACUACGGAAGACUCAACCCGAUCCCAUCGACAUCGGACAUUCCCUCAGGACCGCGCGGUCGCGGCAGGAACUUCGCCCGGGGAGGCCACCAGGGCCCGUCAGGGACUCCAGGACGAGCUGAUGGGCGCCUUACAGGGCCAGAAACCCCACGGCCGCCUUCUCCGGACCGCCUCCCUCCCACAGGCCCGGCAUCUGGACGUAACCAUCGCAGCGGCUUCGAGCAUGGACCGGGUCCCGCGACUCCUUCCGGGACGCCAGGCGGCCCGCAUUCUGAUCGAAAGCGAAACUUUGGGCCUGGGCCCGACUUUCAAACACCCACAUCGGCCAAUGCUACUCCCACGUCAGGGGGUGUACAUCCUGAUCGACUUGCUCAGAUGGGACCCUCUGUACCGUCUCACCAGCCACCUGCAGGUCCACCCGGGCAUGGCGGCCACAAUCGAUAUUCGAACGCCAGCGAUAGACCGAUGCCUGGCCAUCGAGGAAGCAUGGGCCCUCCGCCAGCAGAGGGUGGCGUGCCGACUGGUCCGUCAUCUGUCAAUGACCGGCCUCGCGGGGGAAGCAACAGACGGCAGCUGGUCGGCAUCAAUAACAUGCUACAGCAAUCUCAGGGUGCCCCCGAGAUGGGCAGAAUGAGCGGCCCUCGCCAGCCGCGACAGCUACUUGGUAACUCGGAUGCUCAAGUCCUUACGGGCGGCUCUCCAGCGACCACGCCCGGACAAGAACGGCAAGAUAUGGGCUGGCCAGAGUCGGCGAAUCGUGGCCCAGCAAACGGGGCGGAAGGUCCGCCUAGAAGGGAGCAUCGUGGCGAAAGAGACAGCAGAACUGACCGCCCGAGCCGAUCAUCGAGACGAAGCAGCCGGGAACGUGAGCGUAGCCCACGUCCGCCACGCGAAGGUGAGCCAAAAGAACACCGCGACUACCGUGAUAGACGAUCGAUGGGUGGGCCAGAAAACAUGGUCAAGGAGCGUGGUAGAGAUGGCAGUGGCCGUGAUACCAUGGGCUUACCCCCUCCUGGAGCGAGAGAUGCUCCAAUUGGGCGGGAAGCGGGCUAUCGCGGGCAUGAUCGCUCCGGCGGCGCUAGGCUUGGAGACGAAUGGGCUACAGGCGGGAGCGGUCAUCGGAGCAGCGGCCGUGGAGGCCCGAGAGACGGGAGCAAUCGUCCUCCUGAAGAGCGACGGGAGGUCCGAGAUGAUCGUGGCCACAAACGCCGCAGCGAGGAGGGAGUGGGCAACCUUGCGAGCGAGCGGGAGAAACGACCCAGGCGAGGCUAGUGGUGUACGACCUCACGGACGACUCGGCGCCUUUGACGCUGGACGAGGAGAACUUGAUGCGACAUCAAGACAGACGACGGCCUGUGGCGCCAGACUCAAGGGGCGCGAAUGUACGAAAUCGGAGGGACCAGCACUGGGAGGGAGCAAACAGGAAGACGCCGCGUGACGGCUCGUUCGUCUUUUGUUAGCCGACAGGCAACGCUACACGAUGGCUGCAGCUGCGACUUUCUACCAAUCUCAUACUACUUUUUCAAUUCAUGCAAACCCGGAAACACUUGGCCUGGUCAUAUCCAGGUCGACGGCGAGUUUUGUUCUUUGUGAGAAAACGGGACACAACACGCGAUCGUCAAGGCACAGGGCAGGAUAAAGCCGUUGAGCCAGUCCUCGUCUUGUCACAAUGCGUGAUUGACAGCAUGGGAGGCGGGAGUUAGGCGGCGCAUGGGGUAAAUGAUGUUUGAUACCAUGUACAAUGUACCAUGAUAGACAUGUAACUCUAAUGGGGUCUAUGGGACGAUAGGGCGCAAACAAUGCGGACCUGCAGUUUUCCGGGAGCAAGGAGGGUCGGCAGAGCAAACCAGGGCGGCGGGAUGUGCCGGUUCGAUGGGCGCCAGGAGGGUCUUGUUGGCUCGCGCUCGCAUGGAUGUGGAUGGAUGAGGCGCGACAUGCAUGUAGAGCGACUCGGAACAGGCCGCAGCUGCAGCGUUGCAGACUUCCUACUACGUAGAUGCAUAGAUUUGACGACGAAUUCAAUGUGAUGAUCUGUG